AUGGCUGCCAUCAAAUUGAUUCCUCACACGAAGUCUCCCUCUCCGUCUCCGUUUCCAUCCCUGAGCCUCCUCGCUGCGCGAGAUAACUGGGCAGACGAGAACCGCGGUGUAAUUCUUGUCUUUUUCAUCGUCUUUCUUGUGGUAGUGGGAAUUAUUGCGUUAUUUGCGUACCGUCGGUGGUUGAAGCGACAAGCUGAAAAGGAGACUUAUGAGACGACCGAGUGA